UCAUCUUCAUACACCCCUACGGUGACCAGACCGCAAGUAUGAAAAAUCGGGACAGAGUGUGCGGGGGUAAUAGGUUCCCAUAUAAGAAAAAGCCCCGAAUAUCGGGACUGACCCUAUAAAAUUGGGACAUCUGGUCACCCUAUACACCCCUCUCUCUGUCUCUCUCUCUAUGUAUAGCUCCAAACAUCUCACUCUCGGCCCCUCACAAACCCCUUCUCUCAUACACCCCUCUCUUUCCCCAUAUACAUCUCUUUCUUUCUUUCUUUCUCUUUCUACCUCUCUCCAUCCCUAGAUCUCAUUAUGCUGGGCUACCUGUAUAUCCUGUCCCAAUGCCACAGUCUAGCUCCUCUGACUUGGAAAAUGCAGUUCAUUUGACCCUGAAUCAAUAAAGGAAGGUAAAACUGGAUUUCCAGUCCUUGAACUUCCUGUGAUCUCCUGGAUGGAUCAAGAGGAAGAGCCGUGCAUCCUGGAUAUCCAGGGCUCUGAGGAAAGAGACAUCCAGAGAGACACACCCACAGGUGACAGGGCGGCAAGUGAGGAUGAGGUGAAUCCUCAGCAGGAAGUGGAGCCGUGUGGGACGGUCUCGGGGCUUGUUCCAGCCUGCCAGAGCCAGGGUGGACCAGGGAGGCUGCGUGUGAACCCUCCGAAGAUGAGGCGUCGCCGGUCUGCCCACCGUGAGAGAGGAUUCAUCAACCUGCUGGGCAUCCUGGAGCCCCGGCGCCCGGCAGAUAAGCCCUACCGGUGCACAGAGUGCGAGAAGAGCUUCAGCCAGAGCUCGAAUCUCAUCGAGCACCAGCGGAUCCACACGGGCGAGCGCCCCUUCACCUGCAGCGAGUGCGAAAAGAGCUUCAGCCGCAGCUCCACCCUCAUCGAGCACCAGCGCACGCACACGGGCGAGAAACCCUACACCUGCCCCGAGUGCCAGCGCAGCUUCAGCCGCAGCUCCACCCUGACCGAGCACCAGCGCACCCACACCGGGGAGACCCCUUUCCACUGCCCCGAGUGCGGCAAGAGCUUCAGCCGCACCUCCAACCUGGUGAAGCACCUGCGCACCCACACGGGCGAGAAACCCUACGGCUGCAGGGAGUGCGGCAAGCGCUUCAGCCUCAGCUCCAACCUCAUCAAGCACGAGCGCACCCACACCGGGGAGAAGCCCUUUGCCUGCGGGGAGUGCGGCAAGCGCUUCAAGAAGAAGACCCACCUGGUGUCCCACCACCGCACCCACACCGGGGAGCGGCCCUACGAGUGCACGGAGUGCGGCAAGCGCUUCAGCCAGAGCUCCACCCUCAUCGAGCACCAGCGCAUCCACACCGGCGAGAAGCCUUUCCGCUGCCCCGACUGCGGGAAGUGCUUCUGUGUCAGCUCCAACCUCAUCAAGCACCAACGCAUCCACACCGGAGAGAAGCCCUACGGCUGCAGCGCCUGUGGGAAGAGCUUCCGCUACAACUCGGUGCUGAUCGAACACAUGCGGAUCCACACGGGCGAGCGCCCCUUCGUCUGCGGCCAGUGUGGCAAGCGCUUCAGCCAGAGCUCCACUCUGCUGGGCCACCAACGCACGCACACGGGCGAGAAGCCUUUCACCUGCCCCGAGUGCCAGCGCAGCUUCAGCCGCAGCUCCGCCCUGACCGAGCACCAGCGCACCCACACCGGGGAGACCCCUUUCCACUGCCCCGAGUGCGGCAAGAGCUUCAGCCGCACCUCCAACCUGGUGAAGCACCUGCGCACCCACACGGGCGAGAAACCCUACGGCUGCAGGGAGUGCGGCAAGCGCUUCAGCCUCAGCUCCAACCUCAUCAAGCACGAGCGCACCCACACCGGGGAGAAGCCCUUUGCCUGCGGGGAGUGCGGCAAGCGCUUCAAGAAGAAGACCCACCUGGUGUCCCACCACCGCACCCACACCGGGGAGCGGCCCUACGAGUGCACGGAGUGCGGCAAGCGCUUCAGCCAGAGCUCCACCCUCAUCGAGCACCAGCGCAUCCACACCGGCGAGAAGCCUUUCCGCUGCUCCGACUGCGGGCGCGGCUUCUACGUCAACUCCAAGCUGGUCAAACACCGGCGCAUCCACACCGGGGAGAAGCCCUACGGCUGCAGCGCCUGUGGGAAGAGCUUCCGCUACAAGCAGCAGUUCACUCGCCACCAGCAGCUGCACCAGGGGGAGGAGCCGGUGGCUGUCCUGACCCUGGGUGGGGUCAACGUCCUCCUAACUUAAAGUACAGGAAUUCCUUGGGCCUCCUGUCUUGGAGCAUGGGAAUUCCUUGUCCGAUUUCCUGCAGCUCUGGGAGUGGGGUCUAGUGUGUGUGUGUGUGUGGGGGGGGGUGUGGAGGGAAGGCUGAGAGUCAGGACUGCUGGGUUCAAUCCCUGGCUCUGGAAGGGGAGUGGAAUUUAGUGGUUAGAACAGGUGGAGGCAGGACUCCUGGGUUCUCUUCCUGGAUCUGGGAGGGGAUUGAGGUCUGGGGGUAGAGCAGGUGGGUGGCAGUCAGGACUCCUGGGUUCUACCUAGAGUUUUUGGGGCGGGGGAGUGGGGUCUAGUGGGUUAGUGCAAGGCGGGGCCGCCAAGAGUCAGCACUAAUGAAUUCCGUUCCCAGCUGUGAUUGGGUAUUUGGAAAUUUGUGUGGGGGAAGGAGGUUGGGAGUAGCUGAAAACUGAUGUUAUGGGGAUCCUUGGUUUAAGCUACCAGGACAUCACCAGAGCUAACCUCCAGGUUAGUGGUUCAAAUCUAGCUGAGACAAGGUGCUCCCAGCCUGAGAGAUACUAAUUCAGUGUGUUGGAACCCUUCCCACAGCAAAACUGCCCUGGGAUUCCCCUCCCAUCUAGGGCAUGGUGGUCACACACCUGUUCAUGACUCACCCUUCCAUUAUAGCGACUAACAGACUGUAGACUCUCAACAGUUCCAAAGGCAGUGUUCUCGGUCUCUUGGCUGUGUUAUAUCGGUUUGUAUGCGCUCAUUGUGUGUUUGUGUGUAUUGGUAAAAUACCAACCCUGCACUGAUAGCGUGCUGAGGUUGAGACAUAUAAGUAGUUGCAGGAAGGUCGGGGGGGAAUUAAAGUCUAAACUUCCCACCUCAGUAUUAACCUCAUUGCACCAAGUCAUUGUAACAGGGUCCAUCCAUUGCAGCAGAAGAGAGGAGGAGUCUAAGGGCUUAUCUGCAUUGGCAAAUUGACUGCAGUAGAUCCCUAUGUGGGUUCUCUGUUCUGAGAGAAGAGGGAUUUGAGUCUAGAGUAAGGGCAUGGCUACACUUGCAGAUGUAGAGCGCUUUGAGUUAAACCAGCCUUCGGCGAGCGCAGUAGGGAAAGCGCUGCAGUCUGUCCACACUGACAGCUUCAAGUGCACUGGUGUGGCCACAUUUGCAGCACUUGCAGCGGCACUGGGAGCGGUGCAUUAUGGGCAGCUAUCCCAGCAUGCAAGUGACUAUACAACGUGCUUUUCAAAUGGUGGGGGUGGAGUGGAGUGUGACAGGGAGUGUGUUGUGUGUAUGUGGGGGGCGAGAGAGUGGGGUUUUGGGGGGCUGAGAGUAUGUCAGCAUGUUGUCUUGUAAGUUCAGACAGCAGCAGACCCCUCUUUCCCCCCGCCUCUCUCACAGCAUUCCACAGUAAUGGGUGCUUUGUCUCGGAGCAGAUAAGCAGCCGGCUGUCAGAAACGGAGAUUUGAAAGGGCAUAUCGGCAUGCCUGCAGUGAUUCCAAACAAUGACAAGAGUGGCCACUUGACUUAAGGGGAUUAUGGGAUGUUUCCGGAGGCCGAUCAGAGCGCAGUAAUGCAACACCCCGUUCACACUGACGCCCGGGCGUUGUAGUCAAGGCACAUUAUACGUUACUCCACUCGCCGAGGUGGAGUACCAGAAGCGCUCUAGCUGUGGAGUCAGAGCGCUCUACGUGUCUUGCCAGUGUGGAUGGGUAAUGAGCUAGGGCGCUCAGGGCUGCUUUAAUGCGCUCUAACUCGCAAGUGUAGCCAAGUCCUAAGUGGUUCACUUCAGAAGCUCACUAAUUUUCCAGAAUAGAGUGGCCACUUGGGGAGCUUAUUCCACAUAGAUUCUGGUCAGUUUCCCCAUAUAGACAAGCCUUAAAAGGAGAAUUGAGAGCCAGUAUUCCUGGUGUCUCUUCUCCUCUAAGGGUGGAGUGUGUGGUCUAGUUAGAGUAGAGAGGACUGGGAGUCAGGACGCCUGGAUUCUAUUUCUAUCUCUGCUGCUGACCAUAAGGGGGCAAGUAAUUUCCUCGCUCUCAGUUUCCCUACUCUUAAAUAGGGUGAUAACACUACUGAGCUGAGUUUUUAUUAGUUAAUAUUUAUAAGCGCGAUAUAAGUAUUAGUACUGUAAGUAGACCUACCACUAGAGGGCAUUCAGUACACUAUGUGGAUGAAUUAUGAUGUUAUUUAGGGUCAAUAGACAGUGACUCAAAUUACUACCUCCUUGCAUCUGAGGCUAUGAUGGAAAAAAGAUGCAUAUCCCUGGUGUUACGUACUGUCCGGUGUUGUUUGGCUGAGUGCUAUGCUCAAAUGGGCCAUUGUUGAGUGGUCACAUAGUAAAGGGUCAUAGUUUAUUCUAGUAAUACUGGGCUAUAGUCUUGGAUCGUCCUAAUUCUGUUUUGUGAAUUUCAACCUAGUGGGUUUUAGUUUUGUGAAUUUAAAUGUAACCCAAACAGAUGUUCUGGUCAUUGGCCAAACUAUACCCAUAGCUGUUGGCAACACAAAUCAAAGGCCUAAAGACAAUGCUUACAGUAAUGUAAGAGAUUCCCUUUAGCUAGUUCUGAUAUACUGUUUGCUGGUCCAUGGAUAGAAACCAACAAUUUUAUACACAUACUUGAGUCAUUAUGUUGGCAUAAAGUUUCAUUGUGUCAUGUUUGGAGGGGGAAGGAACCUAGAUUCUCUCCUCCCUGUCUGUGGUUUUCUUGUAUUGACUGUACUCCUGGUUAACUGAUAAUGUUUUCUUUGACGUAAAACCUCAAUAAAUGAUAUAUAUUUCAAAAUC